AUGACUCUCAAUAUAGAAAAGAAUGUCGAUCUUUCAGGACAACGGGUAGAAUUAGCAGAUCUUGAGCCGUGGCAACUACUACCGUACACUCGAGAUCUUGUAACUUACGAGGGAUCCAUGACGGCUCCGGGAUGUCAUGAAACCGUAACAUGGAUCAUCCUUAAUCAGCCUAUUCACAUUACCAAAGAUCAU